AUGGGCGCGCCGGCCGGGGACUGCGGCGGCCCGCGGGGCCCCGCUGCGUCUCUCUGUCGCCACGCCGCCCCGGCCGGCGUCGCUAUCGGCCAGGGAGGCGGCCGGGGCCGCGGCGGCCGGAGAUUAGAGCCGCGCGGCCGGGGUCGUCGGGAGCCGCGGGGUCCCGGGUUCUCGCCCCUCCCCACCUCCCCUCCCCCUCCUCCGGGCGGGUCUCUAGGGUUGGCCCAAGGACCCUGCCCCAGGGUCAUCAACGCGAAUAAUCAAAGACACCGGGACAGUCUCCGCCGCUCCAGUUGGCGGUCCUGGGGAAAAAGCAGGCCAGAUUUUCAGCCCGUUGAGCGCGGCGAUUGGCGCAUUCGGUGCAGCUGCAGCAGUAAGACCCCGCUUGUCCCUGGGAGCACCUCAAACAUUGAGUCGGUAGAAAGGAAGGAGAAAGAGCGCAUUCCCAAAAAGAUUAUUCUAAAUUCCAUGCACAAAUACCAGCCCAGAUUACACAUCGUGAAGGCGGAUGAAAAUAAUGGAUUUGGCUCAAAAAAUACUGCGUUCUGCACCCACGUCUUUCCUGAGACGGCGUUUAUCGCCGUGACUUCCUACCAGAACCACAAGAUCACCCAAUUAAAGAUUGAGAAUAAUCCCUUCGCCAAAGGAUUCCGGGGCAGUGAUGACAUGGAGCUACACAGAAUGUCAAGAAUGCAAAGUAAAGAAUAUCCUGUGGUUCCCAGGAGCACAGUAAGACAAAAAGUAGCCUCCAACCACAGUCCUUUCAGCAGUGAGCCUCGAGCUCUCUCUGCCUCAUCCAACUUGGGGUCCCAGUACCAGUGCGAGAAUGGUGUGUCCGGCCCCUCCCAGGACCUCCUGCCCCCGCCCAACCCAUACCCACUGCCCCAGGAGCACGGUCAGAUUUAUCAUUGCACCAAGAGGAAAGGUGAGUGUGAUGACCCUUUUCUGUUUUUCCUUCCUUACCUUGGGGAAAAAAAAAGUACACACAACUACAUUUAUUUAUUUAAAAAAUGUAAGCAAUAUAAAAAUACAUGGAAAUUGUAAGAAAUUCAAACCAUAUCAGUAAAAGGGAAGGAUCUCCUUUGAUACAUCUCCUCCAGUUCUGGCCCCUUGCUUGGGGAAAACUUAUUUGAACUGUCCGGUCCUAUUUAAUUCAUUUACACAUGUGCGUGCACACACACCGUGUGUGCAGAGACACAUAAAAAUAGUUUUCUUUUUACUUUUAACAGUUGAGAUUAUACUGUCUGUAUUUUGCAUUGCCUUUCUUAAGCUCGGGAAUACGUUGUAGAUGAUCUUUUCAUGAACCUAGAGCUGCCUUGCACUUUUUAAAAGCUGCUGAAGAGAAAAUAUGGCCUCAAAAGGAUGAAGCAGAAUUUAUUUUUCACUCCCACGAGUGGCCAAGGUGGCUGCUUCUAGCGUUUGUGGUUGUAUUGCAAGCCAGGCUGCAGAGAGCCUUCUUGUAGUUGGAUGUGCUUUGGUUCAUGUGCUAGGGUUUCUCUUGGGUGGGUGGAUUCUGAGCUCUUCUCUCAUUCCAGAUCAAAAUCAAAAAAAAGAAAGGAAAAGAAAAAAUCACAACUGAUCUUCUCUCCUUUGCAUUUUGUCUUUAAAUCUAGUUUAAAUUCUGUCUGAGACCCUUCAUUGUCUUCUUUCCCAAAUGAGAAAUGGGUGACUUUUCCUAAGUCAUCUGAGUUGAGGGCUGUAAUACAAAAGGAAAUUUCUGGUGGCACAUUUUUUGAGCCAGAGUCGAAGCAGAUGUGGUUGAGUUCAGCUUAAUAGAACGGUCGCUUGUGUGAAUGGCAGACCGGCAAGGUGGGGACAGCAUGGGCGACAGGGCCAGAUGACACAGGCUUGAGUCUCAACUCUACCACCAGCUUCUUGUGUGACCUCAGCAGGUGUCCUGGCCUCUCUAUGCCUCAGUUUCUCACCUUGUAAAUGGUGCUUGAGAUCCCCAGAGCAUCUGAUACUCAGUAAGCACCCAGCAGGUGUUAGGUCUGAUUGUGUGAGUGGCAGGUACGGCUCCAGGGAGAGCAUCCACAGAGGAAGGGAAGGCUGCUUAUCUGGGUGAAGUUUCGAGAAAGCAGAUAUGGGGGGGGCAGGGACCACGUACAGUUGGGAUGAAUCCCACCUUUGCCAUUUGCAGGUUUUUAUGAUUGGGGCAAGUUCCUUAACUGCUCUAAGGCUUAUUUUUUCUAAUCUGUAGAUUUGGUCUCAUGAUCAGACCUGUCCCAUAGGCGUGGUGUGAUGAUCUCAUGAAAGUGUGCUUGCCAUAUUUAGCACAAGGUUGACCCAAGAAGCAGUCACUGGUUUGCUCCAGCAGGCCCAGAUCUUAGUCUUUGAGAGGGGUCUCUCAUACCUCCCAGCCUCAGUGGCCAACUCGAUGCCUUUAGAAGUCCAGCGCCCAGUGUCUGGAACAACUACUUCUUCUUCUUCCUCCUCCUCUUCCUCCU